ACCAAAAUUUUGAAAUAAUUGCUUUCAGUGUAAAUAGUUUUUUUCCACGUUUGUUCUGGUUUAAAUCCAAGAGGACUGUUAAUAAAAUUACCUUUUAUUUUUGGCAGGCACAGUCACUGGCAUCGUCUUUGUCCACACGACAGCUAUUACGAAUUUGUCGUCGGCUAUCACAGUAUCCAGAUGAAAGUCUCUACCAUGCUGUCAAUAAAGCCUGUCUUUCCAGGUUUUUGCCAAAUCUUGCAAGAUCAGCUUUACAUAAAAAUCUACUGGAUUCAGGGAUUGAGAUAAACCCAGAUGAUAUUAGGAAACAAGAGGAGAAGGAUUAUAGCUGUGAAAUACAUAAUGGGUUUCUGAGGAUUGGAUCUGCCACCAUGCCUGUUUAUAACCCCAGUGAGAAAAUGAAAGUGCCUGAUGUUCUGUUUUAUGAGAACACCCAGCAUAUGAUGGUGAUGGAGGAUAUGCUAAAAGACUUUUUGCUGGGAGAGCACCUUCUUCUAGUUGGCAACCAGGGCGUGGGAAAAAACAAGAUUGUUGACCGAUUCCUUCACCUAUUAAAUAGACCCAGAGAAUAUUUACAGCUGCAUAGGGAUACCACUGUACAGAGCCUUACUCUGCAGCCUUCCGUUACAGAUGGUCAUAUUACAUAUGAAGACUCGCCACUGGUGAAAUCAGUUAAGUUGGGGCAUAUUCUGGUUAUCGAUGAGGCAGACAAAGCACCUACAAAUGUUACCUGUAUUUUAAAAACUCUUGUGGAAAGUGGAGAAAUGGUUCUGUCAGAUGGAAGGCGCCUUGUUGCCAAUCCUGCUAAUGUAGAUGGGAGAGAAAAUGUAAUAGUAAUUCAUCCUGAUUUUAGAAUGAUAGUUCUAGCAAAUAGGCCUGGAUUUCCCUUUUUGGGUAAUGAUUUUUUCGGCACACUAGGGGAUAUUUUUAGCUGCCACGCAGUUGAUAAUCCCAAACCACAGUCGGAACUGGCUAUGCUUAGACAGUAUGGACCGGAUGUUCCUGAGCAAAUCCUUCAGAAACUGGUGGCUGCUUUUGGAGAACUGAGGAGCUUGGCUGACCAAGGAAUUAUUAACUAUCCUUAUUCAACCAGAGAAGUUGUAAAUAUAGUAAAACAUUUACAGAAAUUUCCAAAUGAAGGACUUGCAAAUGUGGUUCGAAAUGUGUUUGACUUCGACUCCUACAACAAUGAAAUGCGCGAUACUUUAAUCAGCACUUUGCACAAACAUGGGAUACCUAUUGGAGCAAAACCUACCAGUAUACAACUGGCCAAGGAGCUACCCUUGCCAGACCAUAAAUUUAUGGGCUACUGGAGAAUCAAUCAAUCAGGGAACGCACAGCAGAAACUACUGUGUCCAACAGAAACUCAUCAGUUAAAUAUAAAGGGUCCAGUCUAUUUAAAUGUUCAGGGAUUUCCACUGGAACGGCAUGAAGCAAGGUCCCUUAGUUUCACAGAAGAACUUGCUUUUUGGACACUGCCUUUGAAUGAGGUUAAUUUGGUCAGUGAUGUUGCUGUAGCAGAAGAAGAUGAGACUGAAAAUAUGCUCUAUGUGGCUACAUGCAAUCCAGUUUCCUUAUAUUUCAUGAAUGUAUCUAGUAAAAAUGGAUACUUUGUGGAUUGUUAUGACAUCUUCCCAAGAACAUUUGGAAGCAUGUGGCAACCCUUUGUGACUGUGGCACCUCUAGGAAAUCCACUCAAAGGGCAAGUGAUUCUACAUGAAGAGCAGAGUAAUGUUGUCUUGUUGCUGGAUACGAAAACUGGUGCCAUUCACAGACUUUUAUUCUCAUCAGAUACUCAAGAAGUUCCAAAGAGAGCAUCCUGGUGGAUCAACAAGGAGGAGAAGAUCAGUCACAAAAUGUGCAGAGAGUUUUCACAUAAAAACUGGCUGGUGUUCUACAAAGAAGAAGGAAACCACCUUAUUGUGCUGGAUGUACUGGAGGGUCGAAUUCAUACUAUCUCACUACCUAUCAAUCUCAGAUCCAUUUUCCUAGUGGCUGAAGACCGUUGGCUCUUGGUGGAAAGCAAAACAAAUCAGAAAUUUCUUUUAACCAAGCCAGCACAUAUGGUGUCUGAAGAGAGUGGAGUUUGCCAGCUGCAUGCAUUGAAUGAAGACCCAGUUGACAAGGGUUUUGGUUUAACAACAGCAUCCGAUUUGUGUGUGCCGCACGCAGUUUCAAGUGACCAACUAUCUUCAGAGAACCUAAGCAUAGCUGUGGGACAAAAGAUCAGCUCACCCAACAGGAUUCUCUCGGAUGUGCAUAAUUAUGCUACUAUUGUUGUUGGCUUCCCAGAACUUAUGUCUCCCAAUGAGGUGUACAGCUGGAAGAGAGGCUCCUCGCUGGGCAGCCGACAUGCUUCUCCUUCUGAUCCAUUUUACUAUGGGAGGCGCAGUAAAACCGGAGCUGCAAAACAAAUAAAUUGUGUGAUUUUAUUAGCUACUAAUCAAAUAAUCAGAAUUUUAGCACCUGGAGACGUCCCUUUGAAAGAACUUUAUCCAAAAGAUAUCACUCCUCUGCAAACAGCUGGGUAUCUGGAAGUAACAGACCUUAACUCAAAGAAACUUAAAUACAUCCCUAUUCCCAGAUCAGUCUCUCUCUCUCCAUAUACAUCAUGGCUGUCAAAGAUCUCAGACACAGAUGUUCUGUUGGCACCACUGGGCAAAGUAGGUUUGGUUACAGUGGAUAUGGGCGGCAGUGUCAGGCUUUGGGAGACAGGACUUGAGAGCUUACAGCGUUCUCUGCAGGACUGGAGAAACAUGAUUGGACAAGAGGAUGGUAGACCUGUGCAGAUAACCAUCGAGAGAGACAGUGGUUUGGAAGUGAGUUCCCCUAAGCAUGGAAAGACAGAUCCAGACAACAUGCCUCAUGUUGGCGGAAACACCUGGGCUGGUGGAACAGGUUGGCAUUCAAUGUCUUCUCAUGAUUUGCUUGAGUCUUCGAACGAUGUCUCAGAUAACUUUGGUGACAGUUCUAAAUUUCAAAAAUUAAAGGAGAUCCAGAUGAGUGAAUAUGAUGCAUCUACUUACGAAAGGUUCUCUGGAGCAGUCCGAAGACAAGUUCAGUCUCUCCGAAUCAUCCUAGACAAUCUGCAGGCCAAGGGUAAGGAAAGACAAUGGCUGAGACACCAAGCUACUGGAGAGCUAGAUGAUGCCAAAAUAAUUGAUGGACUAACAGGAGAAAAAGCCAUUUAUAAACGACGGGGAGAGCUUGAGCCAGAACUUGGUAGCCCUCAGCAGAAGCCUAAGCGUUUGCGUCUGGUAGUGGAUGUUUCUGGCAGCAUGUACCGCUUUAACGGGGUAGAUGGUCGACUGGAGCGUUCUAUGGAGGCUGUCUGCAUGGUCAUGGAAGCUUUUGAGAAUUACGAGCACAAGUUUAAGUACGAUAUCGUUGGACAUUCAGGAGAUGGCUUCAACAUUGCAUUGGUUGGGAGUGACAAAGUUCCCAAGAACAAUAAGCAAAGAUUAGAGAUUAUUAAGAUAAUGCAUGCCCAUGCUCAAUUCUGUAUGAGCGGAGACCAUACUCUGGAAGGGACGGAGCAUGCUGUUCGUGAAAUUGCCAAAGAAGAGGCUGAUGAAUAUUUUGUCAUAGUCUUGAGCGAUGCAAACCUUGAACGAUAUGGUAUCCCACCAGUAAGAUUUGCCCAAACUUUGACCAUCAACCCUCAAGUUAAUGCUUUUGCCAUAUUCAUAGGAUCCUUAGGAGACCAGGCAGACAGGCUGCAGAAGAUGCUACCAGCAGGCCGGUCUUUUAUUGCCAUGGAUACCAAGGAGAUCCCCCAGAUCCUGCAACAGAUCUUUACAUCCACCAUGUUGUCCAGUGCCUAAGAAGUUCCCGUUACGAUUAAAUAAUUGGACAUUGUAACAAGCGCAAUUCAGAAACAAGCUUGCUGAUGAAAGACAAAAUCAGCGCCUGAUUAAGAUAAGAACUAUAAAACUGAUAAAUAUAAUUUUCAUAUUGAAAUAUUACAGUCCCUUAAUCAAAAUGCCAAAAACAAUGCUGUAGCUUAGAUUUUUGGUGAAAUUGUACAGCAUAGCCAUCAGGUCACUUAAAGUUCUGCAUUCAGAGGGGUAAGAGAGUUCAAGGGGGUUGAUGUAGUGCACAGGAUAUCUGUGUCAAAUGAACAGAGGGACAGAUGACACAUCAUUUGUGAUCACUCUGGCUGAUAUAUUGCCAGCAGCUCAUUUUACUUGGUUUUAUUAGCAGUGUUUCUUGGGGUUGAAUACCAAGUUAUACAGCAAUGUGCAAGUCAGACCCAGCUAAUCUGCCCCACUGUUGUGUGUGCUGUGUUCAGAAUUAGAAAUGCAAGUAACUGCACAUUCAAACAAGACUGCUCAUCCUGACCUGCAUCCGAUCUUUGCUAUUGGACGUCAGGAACAAUAGAAUGGUGUGGAAGCACAGAAUAUUGCAGUAUAAACAUUAGAUCUGGAGCACAGCUCAGAGUAGUGAAAAUCCCUAGAAAAAAGUUAAUUUAUUUUUUCCUGGAAAGACAGAGCUGAAAGGGGUCAAAGUGGUCUAAGACCCACCUAUGAAGGGUGCACCAUCUUGGCUUUCCCACUGCAUGGUAGCAGAUGAUGAUGUCUAGUUUCUCUGUUGCCAGGAAUCCUAGGAAAGUGCCUCUUCCCCCAGGGCUUGGAUGUGCUCAUGGUUUUUUACAUUUUGCUUCCAUUUCAAGAGCUCUUUGCACUUUCUGUUUUGGUUUCUAAAAUGUGAAGCUGGAGGGGCAGAUCUCUGUGUUAGAAAAUGACUUUUAAUAAAGAAGAAAAUAAGUAAAAAGGAAAAAAUAGAUCAAGAGAGUAAAAGUAUGUGGUUUUCGUUUUGGUAGGAAAUCUGUGUUUGGAGUCUUCUUUUAAUGCAGAACACUCUCAGUGCAUCUUUUCUGUUGUAAGUAUUUUCCUCCCAUUUCCACAUUCUCAAACAGGAACUCUUUCUUUAGAACUAAAUUGGUUGAAGUUUGUACUGCACUCUGAAGAUGGAAGUCCCUAGAUAGGGGCUAACUAAUAGUACUUUUGCAAUCUCUGUGCUUCAGGAAGACUGGAAUACUUAAUAAAUUGAAUUCACCGUCCUACCACGAGUAACUGUUAACAGUCAUCACCACCAAUAAAAAGACUCUUGCCCCGUGGUUGAUUAUUAUAAACUAUUAUAAAGAGAUGAAAGAUGAAAGAAAGAGCAUUGUCUCCAAUCAUGCUUAGAAGUUGUGGUACUUCACUGCAAAAAUGAGCUUACCCUGGCGAGCCGCAUGCCAGAGGUUGCCGACCCCAGUAUAGAACAUAUCACCUCAGAUUAUUAAAAAUGUUUAAAAUCUAA